AUGGUCGACUUCAGCACCUUUUAUUUCCUCUCCCUUUCUCUGUCAGUUUUCGCCUUGCCCCUAGAUGUGGCUCGGGGCCCCGAGACAGAUACAUCAGGAACGAUGCAUCAACUGCCCGGCCUCUCGAUCCCCGAACCGUACCCCAGGGACGCUCAGUUGCAAGAGGCCGAGGUAAGGACCGUGAAAGAGAGCCAUGCAGCAACUCCCCGCUCGGCAGGCUCAGAACCACAAGCCCUUGAGCGGCCACACGAUGAAGGACGAUCCAUAACAAAGCGCGUCGUUCGUCGUUUUGACGAGCAACAAAACCCGUACAACCAGCAGCAUUCUCAGUCUUAUGGCAUGUAUGGAAGCAGCGGACGACCAGCAUCAUCCUACUACCGACAAAACACCAACCAACCUCCCUUCCUCGAUUUCCCCCAACCAUCCGACGGUAGGCACAAAGUAUUUCGCGAUGAAAACGGCGCCCCCGUCUUCGUCAGUGGGGAUGACCACCGUCAAAACACUGGUGGCCAGCCCCCACCUGCGUCCAGCCGGAGAUACAGCAGCGGACAGACAUAUGUCCCGUCAGGGUUCAGUCGCGAACAGAACCAUGCCUCCCCGUCAGGGUUCAACCACUAUCGGACUUCAAACCGCGCGCCAGUGGGCGAGGAGACGCCAUCUGGAACGUAUCCAAGGGGGAGGUCUGGGCGGAAUGAGAGGACUUUCCUGCCACUUGACAGAGGGGAUGGCAAGAAGCGCCCGCCUGCCCCGUCGCCGCCGCUUGGACCGCGCAGAGCCUGGAUGGAAGAGGAGAGUGAUAGCGAGAACAGAAAGACGGAUCCCACAAGGAAGCAAAAAGCUCAGACUGGUGAUCGCAGCUGCCAGUUUAUCAAAGUCAAGUAA